AUGAGCAGAUACCAGUAUAUUCUGAGAACCAUAGAUUAUGUCAAGGAAAAAAUCGAGAGGAGGUGUAUUCAAAAGUACAUGAGUUUGGAAGAAACCAUGACUUAUAUGUAUGAUCAUGACCAUAUUCCUAAACAUAUCACUGCAACAAUUUGGGAACAUCUUCAAAGAGAGAACCCAAAUUUCUUUAAAGAAUACAACAAACGAUGCGAAUUGGUUCGUCAAAUAGUUACACUCAACGACUUGCUUGCUCAGCAAAUAGAUCUGAUGCAAAGACUUAGCCAACUUGAUGUUGGUACUACUGCACCAGUAACAAAGUUGCAAGAACCUAAUGAUCAUCAUCAUGAUGAAGUCCAAACUCUUGAACAGUGGUUGGAGACUAAUGGUUUUGCUAAUAUAGAAGAUACAUUCCUUUGUUUAAGCGAUCUGGUUGAUGCACCAGUAACAGAGGUGCAGAAACCUAAGGAUAAAGAUCAAAGUUGUGAUCAGUGGAUUAAUGGGUCUAAUGAUUUAGCUUCUAUAGAAGAAACAGUUUCUUCUUUGAUCAAUCCAUCACCAUUUGCUGAAACACCACAAUCAGAACCUCCUGGUCUACGAUACGAUACCGAUUGUGGUGACUCGAAUCUUGAACAAUUCGCUAGAGAUUUAGAAGAUCAACAACAAAGGAUGCAACAAAAAUUCCAGAGAGGACAACAACCUCAACAUUUAAUUAAUCAAAAGUGUACUUGAAGAUCUUUUCACCCAAUGUUUUGGUUUCGUUUCUCAGUUCGAUGAAAUGUUUUGGAUUCUUCUUCUUCUUUUUCUCAAUCUUAUAUAUUUCAUUUUGCUUCCAAUGCAAUUUCAGAGAUAUGUUACUGGCGUUUGUGUAAACAAUAAUAAAAAAGAAUAGCCAA